AUGUUUGUGUCUAGACCCGCAAUAAAAUUAUUAAGCAACCAUGCACCAUAUUAUUCAACUAUUCACUUGAUGGAGCGGAAAAAGUUAUACGUGUGCUUCAAAAGCUCUGCGAGUGUAGCUUAUAGUCUUAAUGAGGCUGUGAAGAGCUUAAAACGUCAUCAAGCAAGAAGACACUGGCGCCGCUCAAACCGCGUUCAUAUAAACGUGCAGGCCGAGCGCGCGCCAGUCAGUGAAAAAAGGUUAGCGUACCAACCGCGUCGUCACUUGCAACCUGCAAGGCGCUGUGCGCAUGCGCAUCCCAGCCCUAGCACCAGUAUCGCGGCAUAG